GUGAAUUGGUAAAAGUACUGCGGCCGGCCUAUAUAUAUGAGCAUCCAUUGAUUAGUUCAUCUCACGGUUCAGUCAAAACUCAAAAACAAUAGAGAGUCAGCAACAUAGGUGAUGAACUUGUCAUGGUGCUCCUUGCUUCUGCUGGUCGUUUUUGCAGCAGAGUUGGCACUGGCCGCGGUUGUUGAUGAUGCGGUACAAUUUGAUCCCAAAGACAUUAAGAUGACCAUAAAGAGCAGAAAUGGGGAAAUAAUUGACUGUGUUGACAUCUACAAGCAACCGAGCCUGAAUAACCCCUUGCUGAAGGACCUGAAACACCAGAUAAUGAGGGAUAUAGCCAGCGCCGUGGCUGGGCAACAAGAUGGGAAUACACGGGCGACGACGGUGGAGCAGGAAUGGCACAAAGGCACAAGGCAAUGCCCCAUGGGGAGCAUCCCCAUCCUAAGGACGAACCCCUCCGUUAAUUACCUCACAGGAAGUCUUUUCCCAUCGCCGCUACGUGCAGCUAAUAUUAGCACUUGGAGUGGCGCUGCCAAUGCGGCCGGCCCCAGAUACGAGUUCGCCGUAGCGAUUGCUGCCAACGGGCCGUACAGCGGAGCGUAUGUACAGCUGCCGGUGUGGAAGCCGGCGCGCGUCCACGGCUCGGAGUACACCGCGACCUACCUCCUCCUGGCCGGCACCAAGGACACCGAAUUCGACCCUACACCCGGCGUAUUACCGCCCGAUGUCACCAAUCAGAUAGCAGCUGGCCUCUUUGCUUAUCCAGAAAAAGACACCAAUCCUCGGUUAAACAUAUUCUAUACGGCCGAUGGCGGUAAGACUCUGUGCUACAACUUGAACUGCGGAGGGUUCGUUCAAACAAGCAGGGCCAUCGCCCUGGGCGCUAGCAUCGUCAAUGGUGCAUCCGGUGUAGAUGAUCCCGUACCAUACUUACUAGUUAGUAUAGAAAAGAGCGCUGCUGGGCCUUGGCAUGUGCUGGUGAACGACACGGACCUCGGCUACUACCCUCGGGCCAUUUUCCCGUGGUGGAUGUUCCCUGAGUCUGUUGCCAACCUGAUGGGUGGCACGGUGCUCAACACAUGGCCGGGCGGCAAGCACACCGACACCGUUGUGGGCAACGGACGACGGCCACCCAGGGACUCCAAACCUGCUAUCGUCAAGGGUUACGUAGCUGUUGACCUCGAUGGACACCCCUUCCCCGACACUCUGGAAGUCAUUGUCCACACUGCGCCCAACUGCUACGACGUGAAGUUCUUCGACCAAAGCAAUGGCAGCGUGGGUGCCAGCGUUGCAUUCGGCGGAUCAGGUGGACCGGACUGUGCUCCGCGGCCCGCCUAGAUAGCUAGCUACAUUAUCCGGUUAGGUGCAUGUAUGCAAAAAAACUUCCUAGUGGCCUGUGGGUGCGCGAUUUUAAGAUUGGAAGUCUGAAGCUAAAGAGCGGUAGUUCAAUAAUAAAAGGAUGUUUUGUGGCAGUAAUUAAAUUUCUUACUGUCCAUGGAUUCAAACAAAUAAAUGAGAGCAAGCAUAUUCUGCAUAUACGUAUGGAAAACCCAGUUUUGGAA